GCACUUGUUUAGCUUAUUCUGUGCCCCUUCCCUAAAUCAGCCUCAUAAUCUCCCUCCCUCUUUUGAAUUCUGUUUUGCUUAUUUCAGCUUUUAUGGCUUUUCCUAAUCAAGAGCUCCGCAAAAACGGCAGAGGCAAAAUCGAGAUCAAGCGAAUCGAGAACACCACCAAUCGCCAAGUCACCUUCUGCAAGCGCCGGAAUGGCCUCCUCAAGAAGGCCUACGAGCUCUCCGUCCUCUGCGACGCCGAGGUCGCCCUCGUCGUCUUCUCCAGCCGCGGCCGCCUCUACGAAUACUCCAACAACAGUGUUAGGGCAACUAUUGAUAGGUACAAGAAAGCAACUGCUGAUUCCUCAAGUGCUGUGUCCACAUCCGAGGCUAACACUCAGUUUUACCAGCAAGAAGCCAACAAGCUGCGCAGACAAAUAAGAGAUACUCAGGCUUCAAACAGACAAAUGCUGGGAGAGGGAGUGACCAGUAUGCCAUUGAAGGAGCUCAAGACCUUGGAAGGCAAAGUGGAGAAGUCCAUCAGCCGAAUUCGCGCCAAGAAAAAUGAGUUGUUGUUUGCUGAGAUAGAGCUCAUGCAGAAGAGGGAGCUAGAGCUGCACAAUGCUAACAUGUUUCUUCGAGCAAAGAUAGCUGAGAGUGAGAGAGCACAUGAGCAGCAGAUGAGGUAUGAGGGAGCAGGAUCUGAAUACCAUGAGCCCAUGAAUUCACAACCUUAUGAUAUCCGAAACUUCCUCCCCAUGAACCUCAUGGAACCCAACCACUCCUACACUCGCUCCGACCAAACCCCUCUCCAACUUGUCUGAAACUAGACCAGACUUCUCCUGUGAGGGCAAGAAAUCCUGGAGAUGGAUGAUCAUGUAUGUUGUUUUCUAUAUCUAUAUAUAUAUAUAUAUAUAGUUUAUGGAAAGUGAUGAUCUAAAGUUAGGGGCUGACGGCAGUUUUCUGUAUAAGACACUAACUACAUUUGAAGUUGAUGAUGUUGUUGUUGUGGAAUUAAUCCUAACAAAUAUAAGCUGUUAAUGUCCAAUUACAA